ACACUUCUUGAUCUCUCCCUUUUUCCAUUAGUGAGCUCGUCUCUCAUCAAACACCAUGAAAAUAGUCACAAAUAAAAUAUAGAUUUUUGUUAUAAUUUUGUUCUGUUUCUCCAUAGUCUCUGUGUGAUUUUUGUAGAACAAACGAGACACAUAGAUAAUGAUGAGAGGUGAAUUUGGAGAAGCUUCGUCUCCUUCGUCUCUUUCACGUUCUCCUUCUUCUCCUCUUCAAACACAAUCACAUCAUCACUCUCCCAAGUUCUAUCGUAAUCACUAUGUCUUCCCCGGUGACUCAUCUUACAACAGUUCGACUAGGUUCUGUCUCCGAUCUCCGUCUGAUUACUCACUUUCGAGUUACUUCUCAAACGGGUUGUGUUCUUCUGAGGAUGGUUCGUCUCAGUUCGCUUCUCCUCCACUCGAUGGCUUGAUGACCAAGUAUAAUCUUGGUGGUGAUGAUUUGGGUCUUUGCGAAAGUUUCGAUCUUUUGAAUGUUGCAGAAGAAGAAGACAAGACUCGUUGUGUACGAACAGAGUCUCAUCACCAAACUCAAAGGAGCAAUUUUGAUGGUGAUGGUGGAUUUCGUUAUUACUCUGGUUUUGGUGUUGAUCAAAUGGAUCAUCAGAUUCCUAAUUCUUUGAAUCUGGGAUUGCAGAGUUGUUACAUGAACAAUUACUCUGUUCCGGUUCAUCGAAAAAGCGGUGUUGGAGCAUUGUUUGAUCAUCAAGGAAGUAGCAGUAACACGAAUCAGAGUCUGCCUAAAGUAUCUGAAUUCCAGGGAUAUGUUUACUUAAUGGCUAAAGAUCAACAUGGAUGCAGAUUUUUACAAAGGAUCUUCGAAGAUGGAAGUGCUUUAGAUGCUAUGGUUAUUUUCAAUGAAGUGAUUCCUCAUGUUGUUGAGCUUAUGAUGGAUCCUUUUGGAAAUUACUUGAUGCAGAAACUAUUAGAUGUUUGUAGUGAAGAACAACGAACACAGAUCAUACUCAUGGUCACUUCAGAACCUGGUCAGCUUAUUCGAAUAUCGCUCAACACUUACGGUACUCGAGUUGUUCAGAGAUUAGUGGGAUCAAUCAAGACAAGGAAGCAGAUUUCUCUGGUGAAAUCAGCUUUGAGACCUGGAUUUCUUAAUCUCAUUAGGGAUUUAAAUGGGAAUCAUGUGAUUCAACGUUGCUUGCAGUGCCUUAGCACAGAAGAUAACGAGUUCCUCUUUGAAGAUGCUACAAAGUUCUGUAUCGAUAUUGCGACACAUCGACAUGGAUGUUGUGUGUUACAAAAGUGCAUUGCUUAUUCCAGUGGACUACAAAGAGAGAAGCUUGUAACUGAAAUCUCAAGAAACAGCCUCUUCCUUGCUCAAGAUCCUUAUGGGAACUAUGCGGUCCAAUUCGUUCUAGAACUGAGGGAUUUUUCUGCGAUAGCCGCGAUGCUUGCGCAGUUAAAAGGUCAUUAUGUAGAGCUUUCAAUGCAGAAAUUCAGUAGUCAUAUGGUGGAAAGAUGCUUAACACAUUGUCCAGAGAGCCGUCCUCAGAUCGUGCGCGAACUCAUCUCUGUUCCUCAUUUUGAUAUUCUAAUUCAAGACCCUUAUGCUAACUUUGUCAUCCAAGCUGCUCUUGCUGUCACCAAGGGUUCACUUCAUGCCACACUCGUUGAAGUCAUAAGGCCUCACUCGAUUCUACGUAACAAUCCUUAUUGCAAAAGGAUUUUCUCAAGAAAUCUCUUGAAGAAUUGAGAGUCAAAAGGCUCUUCACUGGUGGAUGAGUCUGUAAUUUCAAAAUGUGUUGUUGUUUUCUUCUUCCCCAAGUUUGUUUGUUGCUAUGAAUAAUCUCAAGUCCUACUA